ACGCUUUGUCUACGUGACGCUUACGGUCUCGUCGGCCGGCAGUCGGAAUUUUACCUCGCUACUCGCCACAUCUCACUCGGGCGUUAUUGCGACGUUAAAUAAAAUCGACGAUUACUCGAUGCCCAGGAGAUAUCCGGAUUCGAAAAAUCAGAACGACUGCAAUGAGAGGAUCAAGUCGCAGGAGAACAAGAUCGUCAUUUUCGUGGGAAACGGACGAAGAACAUGGAAGCUGAGGUAGAAAUUGGGUAAGAUCGAAAACUAUGUGUAUCCCCUUAGCUAUGUAAAUUUCGGUUGGAACGGAUGCGGUUACAUCGUGACUUUCCCACGGGAUCUCUGCGGGACGAAAAGGAGCGUCGGAAGAUUCGUCGAUGGGAUUUUCGACGCCAUGGAAAAACACGGGAGGGUGAGACAACGAUUUAAUUACUAUACUUUCUCUGCAAUUUGUGUAUCUCGGAAGAUAGCUCCUCUCGCCGCGAUGAUUCCUAUGGAUCUUCGUCCCCCCUCCACCUUCGACGCCCGCUUUCACGCGGGAUUUCAACUUCGCGAACUCGACGGCGCAUCCCAUCGGGGGACAACCAGGAGAAUACCGAAGCGAAGAAUUCCAGAUUCCGGCGAUCCAAAAAACCAACAUCACUCCCAAUCGGAUGCGGAUCGGGAUAAUUUUUUGGUAACGUGGAACCUCGCGGAGGCGGCGCACGAGAGAGAGAGGGAGAGAGUGUAGCUUCGUUUAUUUGGAUCAAGAAUAUCCGUUUCGAGCUUUCGAGGCUCUUACUUAUACACAGAUAUUAUCGUGAAAGAAUAUCCUUUGACACGAUGGGGAUGAAAUUAAUUUGACCGGAAACGUAGAUUUGUCGAAGUUUUGAAAUUGAGGAAGAAAAAAAAGAAGAGGAAAUUAACUGACAAACGAAAACAAUAAUGCGGUUUGCAAAUUUCGACAGAAUUUCCUAAAACGAUCAAUUAACAAAUGUGCAUAAUUAUAGAAUAAUCGAAAGAAGAGACAAGUAAAAAAUUUUCUAAAAAUGAAACCCAAACGAAUUAAAAAAGAUUUAUGCUUCAGACUGCUGAGAUACAGACAAUGUUUGAAAUACCGAAAAAUUAUUUAGCUUCGGAUAACAAUCGACAUCAUCGAGGAUAAUUAUCAUUGUUACGACGACGAUGUCAUGCCCGACCACUGACUAAAACCAAAAAUAAAAAAAAUGACAAAAAAUUCCACACUGAAAUAUCAAACGAGAAGAGAAGAAAAUAAUUGAAUUAAAAUAAAUAAACAAAUUUUUUAAUAAUAAUCGUUAUUGAAAUUUGAUCAAUAUAUAUCGAAGAUAAUUAAACUUGUGAAAAUGUGAUCGCAUAAAUUAUUUAUCAUAUAUAUGUAGUUAUAAAUUAAUAAUUCUUUUAAUUUUUCGGGCUGUGAUUCCUUAACGUAUAUCUAUACAUAUAUUAUAUACAUAUAUAUUUGUGUGUGUGUGUGUGUGUGUUUAUACAUACAUAUUAUUAUACAUAUUGAAAUUAAUUAUUUGAUUCAACAACCGUAGAUAAAAAAAAAAAAAUGAAAAUUCUCUAAACAACAGAAGGAAAACUAAAGACAGAGAAACGGAAAAAUCGAACAGAUCGCAGUGAGUGGUGAUACGAAGUGUUGUUAUAAUUAUCCCGCAAUAAAUGAAUUAAUUAAAUAUGUAUACGCAGAUAUAAAUGUGUGAAGGCUGAUCACAAGGCAAUAAAUGUAUAAUAUGUCUAUGUAUAGAUACUUUACACACAUAUAAAUACGUUGAUAAUUUUGAAUUGAAAUGGUUCGUUAGCUCCUGCACAUUCGGAUAAUAACAAGCUGUAUAAUAUCGAUCGACCUCAGCGUAAAAUCAUUAUACAAAUUAUCGUCAUAAUUAGAUAGUAAUUAUAUGAUCUUAGUAUAUAAAUACGUUCAAAGGUAUAUCCAAUCGAUAAUAUUGUAAAUACAUUACACCAUCCGCUCGGGCGUUGAUUCAAUUCGGUGUUCCCAUUAAUAAUUUUGUGUGAUCGUUACAAUAUUAAAUCGUCAGUUUAAGUCUAUGAGGAAGAAAAAAUUAAUUAAAAAAAAAAAAGCAAAAUAACACGAUAAAUCACAAUCCAAUUUAACGAUACCACUACCAAUGAGAAAAGUCAGAUACAAGAAAUACAAGGGCUGCAGUAUGUAGAAGAAAAAGAAAAACGAAAAGUAUUUUGAAAAUGUUAAUAAAAGUGAUCGAAUUCGAAAUAAAAAAAUUAUCAGUAAUAAAAUUUCGAUGACGAAUGAAACAAAUGACGAGGUACGUACCUACGCUAUGUACGUUUGCAUACAUAAUUUACGUGCAUACAUAAAUUUUUAUCCUCGUGAUAACUCAAAAAUGCGAGUGUAAAGAUUUAAAUAUAUAUGUACGUUGGUACAUACCUGUAAUACAGAAGGAGAAAAAGUUUGAAAAGAAAAAGGAAGAAAAAAAAGAAGUAAAGCUGGAUGAAACAAAGAAAAUACAAAGAAUAAAGAGAAAAGAAAAAAACCCUCCUGGAGAAAAAAGUAUUUAAAGAAAAAGUAAAAAACGAACAAAAAAACAGCAAAAAGAAAAAAAAAAAAAAAAAAAAAUGGAGGAUCGGAAGUGAGGCUAAGAUGCGAGAGCUCAACGAGUCUGCCUGUGCAGCGCUAUACGAGGGCGUCGAGUGGGAUGGGGCUGGUAACGUCGCAAUGCUCGUCGUCCUCGCCGUAGUAAACGUAAUGGUAGUCCUGGGUAACGUUUUGGUCAUUUUGGCAGUUUACUACACGUCUAAAUUGAGAAACGUGACCAAUAUGUUCAUCGUUAGUCUUGCCGUAGCAGAUUUAAUGGUCGGAGUUGCGGUCCUACCGUUCAGCGCUACUUGGGAAGUAUUCAAGGUCUGGUUCUACGGUGACAUUUGGUGUUCCGUAUGGCUGGCCGUCGACGUUUGGAUGUGUACGGCAUCGAUUCUGAACUUGUGCGCCAUCAGUUUGGACAGAUACUUAGCCGUUACAAGACCGGUCAGCUAUCCACAGAUUAUGUCACCGAAGAGAGCUCGACUUCUUGUGGCAGCUGUCUGGGUCCUGAGCUUCGUGAUAUGCUUUCCUCCUCUGGUGGGCUGGAAGGAUAAAGAGGUUUACGUCCCGCACAACACUACUUUAUUGCAACAAGGACCUUUUAACACGACGACUAUUUUCAUACCCGUCGCUCCGUGCCCGUGGAAUUGCGAACUGACCAACGACGCUGGUUACGUCGUGUACAGUGCCCUCGGUUCCUUUUACAUCCCCAUGUUGGUAAUGCUGUUCUUCUAUUGGAGAAUAUACAACGCCGCUGUGUCGACAACAAAGGCCAUCAAUCAAGGAUUUCGGACAACAAAAGGCUCAAAAAUGUUCGGCUCUCGAUUCGACGAGCAAAGACUGACGUUGAGGAUACACAGAGGACGUGGAAGUCUUCACAACGGUAGCAAUAACGGGAGUCCUAGGAGUCCCGAAUCCGGACGGAGUUCGGUCAGGAAAGAAAAAAUUAAAAUAUCCGUCUCGUAUCCGAGCACCGAAACCCUCAACACGAAAUGUAACACGUUAGAAAGAACGCCGUCGAGGUGUUCGCAAAUGUCGGUACACUAUAGCAACGGUCAAACUCAAACGCAGCUUUGUCCGAGUCCUGCGAGGGCAGCGCAUUUGAAGGUCGGGGGUAUUAACAGGGUGGGAAGCACGAGAAGACCGAGUAGAAGAAGUAGUUGCGAAAGUCAAGUUACCGGGGACGACGCAUCUUUGAGAGAACUCGCUCACGGUGUUGACGACAAACCGUGCAGGGUACCGAAAAUGGGCAAGAGAAAUAUAAAGGCACAGGUGAAGAGAUUCCGGAUGGAAACAAAGGCUGCCAAAACGCUCGGUAUCAUCGUCGGUGGCUUCGUUCUCUGUUGGCUUCCAUUUUUUACAAUGUAUCUCGUGCGAGCCUUCUGCCCGAAUUGCAUACACCCAACGGUAUUCAGCGUUAUAUUUUGGCUCGGGUAUUGCAACUCAGCCAUAAAUCCGUGCAUAUACGCUCUCUUCAGCAAGGACUUCAGAUUCGCAUUCAAAAGGAUCAUAUGCAAAUGCUUCUGCAAACGAAGGGCCAACACCCUGAGACGUGGGAGCGACGGUAGCCAAUUAGCGGCGCGAUGCGAUCGAAGUCCUAGCUAUACCGCGAGGACUCCGCAUCACGGCGUAUCCAUUGAAGAUUCCGAUCCUGAUCCCGGAUCGGAUCAAAACGCUCAUUCCCAAAGUGAUUCCAGAUGACUGUAGCAAGUCAGGGCUGGCGCGCAACGUGUGGCUUUCAAUCUGAGAACUUCCAGAGUAAUAAUCUCGUGAGAUACGUGUGUUCAAAGUCAGAGAAUUUUAAUCGACGCGCGGGGUAAUCAAUAUCAAGGAUAUCAUUAGGCAACUCUUCACGGGGCUAAAGAGAUGUCUCAUGACUCGCUUACACAACGCGGCGUUUUUUUUUUUUUUUU